AUGUCGAAUCUGGAACAGUCCCCUGCACAAGCCAGAAACUUGUCGGUCGAAAAAAAGACUGAGAAUGCUGAAUAUCAAAGCGACCAUUCGGACGGCCAUGAGGCUGAAAAAGCUAUGCAGCCAAUAUCUUCAGGCAACGAUACCCCGGACGGCGGUCUCGUCGCUUGGCUUGUUGUUCUUGGUGCUUGGUGUACCUCAUUUUGCAGUUUUGGCUGGCUAAAUAGUGCGACUAGUCUCCGCCGUGGACCCGUCGUCGGCACCCUGUACGAUCACUUUGGGCCGCGGUGGCUAAUCUUAAUCGGCAGCAUCCUGCAUGUCUUUGGCAUCAUGAUGACCAGCCUUGGCACCGAAUACUAUCAGAUCCUUCUUGCGCAGGGGUUGUGCUCUGCUAUUGGUGUAUCGGCGAUCUUUCAACCCGCCAUCGGCUGUAUUCAUGGCUGGUUCAGUCGCAGGCGCGGCGCGGCUUUUGGAAUCCUGUUUACCGGAUCCAGUUUGGGUGGUGUCAUAUUCCCUAUAAUAGUGUCACAUCUAAUCCGCGAGGUUGGCUUCGGCUGGGUGAUGCGCAUUUCCGCAUUUCUCAUACUCGUCCUUCUAAUCAUCGCCAAUAUGACCGUCCGUGUCAACCAUCCGCCAGUCCCGCACAAAGUCACCAGGGCGCGGCUCCUGAAACCUCUCACCGAGACAGACUUUCUCCUCCUCACUGCCGGCUUCUUCUGCUUUAGCUACGGCUUUUUCGCUCCUGUCUACUAUCUUCCGCUUCAGGCCCUCGAUGCGGGCAUGGAUCCUAACCUAGGACAGUACGUCCUGCCUAUAUUGAACGCCGGAUCGCUAUUUGGACGUCUCUUCUCAGGCUUCUUGGGCGACAAACUUGGCCGAUACAACAUUUUCAUCGUUGUCUGCUACUUGUCUGGCGGCUUCUGGAUCCUGGCGCUUUGGCUCCCCGACACAAACGAUCCAGCGCUCAUCGCGUUCGCCGCGCUCUUUGGAUUCUUCUCCGGUGCUUACGUCUCACUCAUUGCCCCUCUGGUCAUGCAGAUUUCACCGAUGGCAGAGAUUGGAUUCCGCACAGGUAUUGUCCUCUUUGUCACCCCAAUUGGCGGUUUGACGACUAAUCCCAUUAACGGUGCCAUACUGGAUAAUGCUGGUGGCUGGGUUGGUCUUAAGGUGUUUUCCGGAGUACUAUGUAUAGCUGGCACUACCUUCGUGCUUGUGGCGAGAAUCAGAUUGACUGGCUGGAAACUUUUUGUUCCUUUCUAG